AUGUUGAAGAAUGACAGAUUGGCCACUCUACAACCUACGUGGCAUCCUACUUCGGAAGAAUUGGCCAUCGGCAACAUCAAAUUCACCACAUUUGAUUUGGGUGGCCAUGUUCAGGCCCGUCGUUUGUGGAAGGAUUAUUUUCCAGAAGUCAACGGUAUCGUCUUUUUGGUCGAUGCGGCGGAUCCAGAGAGAUUCAACGAGGCAAGAGUGGAAUUGGAUGCUUUGUUCAACAUCGCUGAGUUGAAGAACGUACCAUUUGUUGUUCUUGGUAACAAGAUUGAUUCCGCGAAUGCUGUUUCUGAGGCAGAACUGCGUUCCGCUUUGGGAUUGAUGAGCACCACAGGAAACUCAAGGAUCGAGGGCCAGAGGCCAGUGGAGGUAUUUAUGUGUUCCGUCGUCAUGAGAGAUGGGUACGCUGAGGCAUUUCAGUGGUUAUCUCAAUAUAUUUAG